AUCCUCAGUAAGAAGAUCUGCUCCCCCUCUCUCCUCCUCCUCCUCCUCCCUCUCCACCUCCAUCUUUGAGAUAAAACACUGGCUUUAGAUUUCCAGCAGCAGCAGCAGCUGCAGUUGCGCUGGCACACACUCACCGUGGGCGCACAGAGUGAGGGAGAGAAACUGAGGGACGCGCAGCAUCCUGUGGAUUUUUUUUAAAUUUUUUUUGGUCUUUUUUCCUUUUUUGCAUUCAAGCCUCUGUAUUUCUACAUGCUUCUCCUCGCUUUGCCUCACUCACACACAGACCAGGAGUUGAUUUCACUUUCCGGAGGAGAAACAAAAUGUGGAAUCGCACAGUUGCAGCAGUCUUUGUUAUUUUUAAUUUGUGUGGGGAGUCAUUGGCAGGGUUUCCAAACCAAAUCAACAUUGGUGGACUGUUCAUGCGCUCCACAGUGCAGGAGCACAGCGCCUUCAGGUUUGCAGUCCAGCUGUACAACACCAACCAAAAUGUGACAGAAAAACCCUUCCACCUCAACUACAACGUUGACAACUUGGAGUCCUCAAACAGUUUCUCCGUCACACAUGCCUUCUGCUCCCAGUUCUCCAGAGGAGUUUACGCCAUCUUCGGCUUCUAUGACCGGAAGUCCAUGAACACGCUGACCUCCUUCUGCGGGGCUCUGCACACAUCCUUCAUCACGCCCAGCUUCCCCAUCGAUGCCGAUGUGCAGUUCGUCCUCCAGAUGAGGCCCAGUUUGAAGGGAGUUGUUCUCAGCCUGCUGGAUCAUUUCAAGUGGGAGAGGUUCGUCUAUCUUUACGACACCGACAGAGGUUUUGCAAUUCUCCAGGCCAUAAUGGAGUCAGCCGUAGCCAAUAACUGGCAGGUGACAGCUCGCUCGGUCGGGAACGUGGUGGACCCCACAGAGUACAGCCGCAUCAUCGAGGAGAUGGACCGCCGACAGGAGAAACGCUUUCUCAUUGACUGUGAGGUGGAGAGGAUCAACUUGAUACUGCAGCAGGUGGUGACCUCGGGGAAGAACAGCAGAGGGUACCACUAUAUCUUGGCCAACCUGGGUUUUUCCAAUCUGAGCCUGGACCGGGUCUUUUCUGGUGGGGCCAACAUCACAGGCUUCCAGAUCAUCAACCCAGACAGCCCCAUCGUUCAGCAGUUCCUCCAGCGCUGGGAACGCUUGGAUGAGAGAGAAUUUCCAGAAGCCAAAAACACUCCGCUGAAGUACACAUCAGCACUGACUCAUGACGGCAUUCUUGUAAUUGCGGAGGCCUUCCGGUAUCUUCGACGCCAGCGAGUCGAUGUGUCUCGCAGAGGAAGUGCGGGCGACUGCCUCGCCAACCCUGCAGUGCCCUGGAGUCAAGGCAUCGACAUAGAGAGAGCCCUGAAAAUGGUCCAGGUACAAGGUAUGACAGGAAACAUCCAGUUUGACACGUUUGGCCGAAGAGCCAAUUACUCCAUUGAUGUGUACGAGAUGAAGCCCAAGGGACCCAGGAGGAUCGGCUACUGGAACGAGUUCGAAAAGUUUGUAUAUAUAAUGGAUCAGCAGGUCACCAACGAGUCCUCUUCUGUGGAAAACCGAACAAUUGUGGUCACUACUAUUAUGGAAGCUCCGUACGUGAUGUACAAGAAAAACUUUAAGCAGCUGGACGGGAAUGACAGAUAUGAAGGCUACUGUGUCGACUUAGCUUCUGAAAUUGCAAAACAUGUGGGGAUAAAAUAUAAGCUCUCGAUAGUGCUGGAUGGAAAGUAUGGAGCCAGAGAUCCGGAGACUAAGACGUGGAACGGGAUGGUGGGGGAACUGGUGUACGGGAGAGCUGACAUAGCUGUGGCUCCACUUACAAUAACUCUGGUACGGGAAGAGGUGAUAGACUUCUCAAAACCCUUCAUGAGCCUGGGCAUCUCUAUAAUGAUUAAGAAGCCUCAAAAAUCCAAGCCAGGGGUGUUUUCUUUCCUCGACCCUCUGGCUUAUGAGAUCUGGAUGUGUAUAGUUUUCGCCUAUAUCGGCGUAAGCGUGGUGCUCUUCCUGGUGAGCCGUUUCAGCCCUUAUGAGUGGCACCUGGAUGAGAACGAUGAGGCCAAAGACCCUCAGAGCCCCCCCGACCCUCCAAAUGACUUUGGGAUUUUCAAUAGUUUGUGGUUCUCCCUGGGUGCCUUCAUGCAGCAAGGAUGCGAUAUCUCACCAAGGUCUCUGUCCGGCCGUAUUGUCGGGGGAGUGUGGUGGUUCUUCACCCUCAUCAUCAUCUCUUCCUACACGGCCAACCUGGCUGCCUUCCUCACCGUGGAGAGGAUGGUGUCUCCAAUCGAGAGCGCCGAGGAUCUGGCCAAGCAGACGGAGAUCGCCUAUGGAACGCUAGACUCCGGCUCCACCAAGGAGUUCUUUAGGCGCUCCAAAAUAGCAGUUUAUGAGAAAAUGUGGUCGUACAUGAAAUCGGCUGAACCCUCAGUGUUCGUCAAGACGACACCAGACGGGGUUUCCCGGGUGCGAAAGUCGAAGGGCAAGUUUGCCUUUCUUCUGGAGUCCACCAUGAACGAGUACAUCGAGCAGCGGAAGCCGUGCGACACCAUGAAAGUGGGCGGAAACCUCGACUCGAAGGGCUACGGCGUGGCCACACCGAAAGGCUCAGCAUUAAGAACUCCUGUAAACCUUGCAGUAUUGAAACUCAGUGAGCAAGGCAUCUUAGACAAGCUGAAAAACAAAUGGUGGUACGAUAAGGGUGAAUGUGGAACCAAGGACUCUGGAAGUAAGGACAAGACAAGUGCUUUAAGCCUGAGCAACGUGGCAGGGGUCUUCUAUAUUCUAGUCGGGGGGCUCGGCUUGGCUAUGACCGUGGCUUUGAUAGAGUUCUGCUAUAAGUCACGGCAAGAAACCAAAAGACUAAAGCUGGCGAAGAACGCCCAGAACUUUAAGCCAGUCCCUCCGACAAACACCCAGAAUUUUGCCACGUACCGUGAAGGCUACAACGUUUACGGGACGGAGAGUGUUAAAAUCUAAACGAGGUGGUUUGUGAAUCUUACUGGUGCGUCUGGAUGGAAACAGCGACUCUGUAGGACCUGCCCCACACCCCACUUCCACCCCCAAACGUUGGCAUCGUGGAGGCAACAGCCUUGACAUGAGCUCAGACACACAUGCCUGGGAGUCAACAAGUGCUCAUAUGGUCAACAAACCCGUCACACUAACAGAGGGCAAUGACGCAGCAAGACUUUUCUGGGAACAGGGGAUUUGCCUCUUGUAGUGCCUUAAGGAGCAUUUUGGCGUCUUGGCAAUGCAACUAAAAUUAAAUUCACCUGGAGGAAUAAAUGAAAGUCUGUGGAGCUUGAAGAACUUGGGCAUGAAUCCACAUUAGAUGACACAUGGAUGAACCGUUGUAAUUAUUGUUUUAUAUUUUGAAGAAGAAGAAGAAAAAAGCCAUGAUUCAAAAGCAAAUCCCUGAGGUACUUAGUCAUCUGAAUCCUUUAAAGACAUAUUUUUGUGGUGAAACCUUAAGUUGGAUGAAUAUAUUUAGUGAGGUAAAGUCAUUUUCUUGUUUUAUUAUAAGGCUACUUUCAGUGUCAGAAUAUUUAGGACAAGCUUCGAUCAGUAACGUUAAGAAUCCAUCGAACUGGCAGCGCAGUAUUCCAGUUUUUACUUUGAAAAGGACAAAACGUCAAGCGGCGGUCGUCCAAAACGAAGCCUGACGUUCAACCUUUGUAUUUACUUCAUGUUUGUUUUGACUCAAAUAGAGGAUUUCUUUAAACUGCCACUCUUUGACAAGAACCCUUUUUUUUUAAUGAAGUCUGCCUCUUAUCACUUAGUGCCAUUUUGUUGAAAAAUUAAAAGAACGCUCAACAUUUUAGAUUUGAAAGAAAAUCAAGUUUGAACUGAACUCCUGGUUUACAAUUUGUACACUCGGUUCGAAUUCAAGCUUUGUUGAACACCGAAGCACCACAGCUUUUGUUGUGUUUGAUGCAUUUUGCAGAAGCCAAACAUGGAAGAAGAGCAACAACUCAAACGUUUGUAGACGGAAACUUUUUUAUCACCCGAAGAAACAAAAUGUGACGACACGUCUUCUUAUUCUUUUUAACCCACAUAAAGUGCAUGUGAAUCUGCUGAUGAACCGAACUGCAGCUCUGGAUGAACUCCGGUUCAGAUGGCCUGACAAAACUUUGGACCCAGUCUGGUUUUAGGUUUUUCCAGUUAUUCUGUUGGUACCUCCAACAUGAGAGUUGCAUGUAUGGACACAA